AUUAUUAUUACAAUAUCAAAGUAGUUAAAUAAACGAAAGAUUUUUAUACUAUCAGUGCCUGCAAUAGUCUGAUUCAUCUGGAUUUUAUACACAUAACCAUGAUAAGUCUUCACUCCUGUGGUUUCGUCUGCACUUGCCUCAGUUUAUGGGGCAUUGUGCAAUUGUUAUGGCUAGCUCUUCUGUUCUAUAUAGAAUCCAUGGAGCUCAUCCACGAAGCCGGCCCCCAAGUUGAAUCAAUCACCGACUACAAUGCAUUUUUAACUGCAACAAAAGAUGGUUACAAAAAGGUGGCAAGAAAUUGUUUUGUGGCCGCGAUCAUUUACGCAUUAACGUUCAUUAUCUCGCUGCAUUGUAUCAAGAAGGCGAAGGCCAGGAAAGCCAAACAAGCCAAGGAGUUGGAAAAUGACGAACUGUUUUGUACUCCAAAGGAAGUGGUUCCUAAGAUAAAAGAUAAGGUGGUCAAGGAUAAAGCGAAACCAAAAACGAAGCCUACCGCACCAGAAUCGGAGACCGACGCGCCUGCACCAAUACCGUUUUUGUAAGACUUAUACCCACAACAAAAGUAUGUCAUAUAUUAUUCUGUAUAGGUAUUUAGGGCUACUUGCACCAACAUAUUAAACCUAGAUUUAGUGUUAAAUCUCGAAUUAGUGUCAAAUUUUAUAUGGAUUGACGUUUCUUAAAUCGAGAUUUGACACUUCGGGUCAC